AUGUUCGGCAUCAAGCAGGCAGGUCGAGGCUUCCUCGUUCUUAAUGUCAUUCGCGUCAUGAAUAUCAUAGCGCUCUUAGACGUCGUCGGAGCCAGCUGGAUCAUGCUCGUCAUGACCGUCAAAACCUCUAACUUCUUCUUCUUCGAUGGCGUCUCCCACUUCAUAACCAGCACCAUCGGUCUCUUCCUCAUCAUCUCCGAACUCUCCCUCUUCAAAAAAUACUUUGAAACCUACUGGCCCCUUCUCUGUCCCCACAACGGCUUCAUUUUCCUUGGUCUCUCCAUGUUAGCCGUCGGCUUCGAAAUUCUUGGAAACUUGAAUAAGAAUGCUACUUCGGUACACAACCUAGGAUUACCUAUGUGGCGUGUGGUUAUCUCUUCUGGGUGUCUUUCGGCUAUUAUGGGAACUAUUAACGUUGUUGCUUCCUUCAUCUUCUCGGAAAAAGGAAAAACCGCCCGACAAAUCCGGGCCCACGGCGCCACCACCCCAUCAAAUCCCUACGAAAAACGUCUAUCCCUCCCUUCCUCCCUCAACCAAGAUCUCCCCUCGUACUACAGCAAUCCGGCCGAGCGCCGCAAAUCACGUUUCCCAUUCCGUCUCCCCCUCCGCGCAUCUCACAUCAGCAAACCCGUCAUCUCGGAUCCUCAACCCUAUCACCCAGAUCUAGAGGUUGGAGAGACGUAUGAUAAUAGAAAAGAUCGAUCUUCGCCAAUAGUUCCAGGUGUCGAACGUCCACCUACCGCCAUGCAUCCCGCGAAUUUGAGACCCCCUCCCGCGCCAAGAAGUAGCACCUAUAGUGUUGCGAGUAAUAUUACUAGAUUCACCAGGAUUUAG